AUGGGUUUCGGCAUACGAAGUAUUAUUAGACGGGCAUCAUUUUCUGCUGCCCAAGCAGCUCCCAAGGGACUUGAAGUCCCAAAAGGAUAUCUUGCAGUCUACGUUGGAGAAAAAAUGAGGCGGUUCGUGAUUCGAGUAUCAUACUUGAACCAACCUUCAUUUCAAGAAUUACUAAGUCAAGCAGAAGAAGAAUUUGGAUAUGAUCAUCCAAUGGGGGCUCUCACAAUUCCAUGCAAUGAGGAUGAGUUUCUAAACCUCACUUCUCGCUUGAAUGAGUUCUAA